UUCUGCAAUACGUAUAUGGUGGGCAUUUGAUUACUGGAGCUGAUGGUUGAAUUGUCCAAGUAAAUGAAGCAGAAUGCGGAAAAUGCUUCCUGGUAUUGGCGUGAUCGGUACCACUACAUCAAUACGGUCCUAUGUCCCACUGUUGAAAUCAUGCGGGUUUCAUGUUGCCGCACUGUGGGGCCGAACGAAAGAGGAAGCAGACGAACUUGCAAAAGAAUUAAACAUACCGUUCAGUACAAAUAGAGUUGACGAAGUCUUGCUGAACAGAGACGUGGAUGUACUGGUUAUAAGCUGUCCUCCUCACCUUCAAUCUCCAAUUGCUGUAAAGGCAUUGGGAAUAGGCAAACACGUUCUGUGUGGGGCACCCGCAGGACCAUCUCAGGUAGACGCUUUACGGAUGGUCAACGCCUCCAGAUAUUAUCCGAGAUUAAUGUCAUUCAUUGUAUUUGGAUUGCGUUUCUUGCCAACAAUUUGUAAGAUGAAACAGCUCAUGGAAGACAAUUUUAUUGGAGACAUGACCAUUUGUGAAGUAAACAUACAUUUUGAAGCUAGUCCUAAAGAAAAGUUUGACUGGAUGUGUGAUGAAAUGAUGGGAGGUGGAGUUCUUAAUACAAUAGGCAGUAAUAUAAUUGAUGUUAUUUCUUUUCUGACUGGUCAAAAAGCUACACAGGUUCAUGGAAUGUUGAAAACUUAUACAAAACAAACCGAAAAAAUCAAAGGUAUCAGAGAGAUAACAAGUGAUGAUUUCUGCUCUUUUCAAAUGGAGCUUGACAGAGGAUCCUGUGCUACUGUUACCAUCAACAGUCAUAUACCUGGCAUGUUUCUCCAGGAAAUACUCAUGGUUGGAACAAAAGGUCGUUUGAUUGCUAAGGGUGCUGACUUAUACGGUCAGAAACACUCGGAAAAGAAAGAGAGACUUAUACACUUUGAUCCUAUCAAUUUCAAGGAGGAGGAGAGGCAUGGAGUUUCAGAUAAAACCAGAGCAGAGAUUGCAACACCAUAUCUAAAGGGCAUCAUUAGAAUGAUUGAAGCAGUUAAAGAUGCAUUUGAAAAAGAAGAAGAACGACAGAGGUACUGUCAGGACCCUGUAUUACAGGCAGCAAAUUUUGAAGACUCAUUGUAUGUACAGACUGUUGUGGAUGCUAUAAGGAAAUCUAACAAAACCAAAGAAUGGAUGAAGGUAACGGUGAUGAAAGAAGAACCUGAUCCUAAUCCAUUUUUGUCUUCAUCAAUCCGCAGCAGCACAUACUCACUGCAUUAGGCUUUUUGACUUAGUCAGUCCGCAGCAACGCAUACUCACUGCAUUAAGCUUUUUGUCUUCAUCAAUCUACAGCAACGCAUACUCACUGCAUAAAGCUUUUUUUCUAUCAGUCCACAACAACACAUACUCACUACAUUAGGCUUUUUGUCUAUCAGUCCACAACAACACAUACUCACUGCAUUAGGCUUUUUCACUUAGCCAGUCCGCAGCAGCACAUACUCACUGCAUUAGGCUUUUUGAUAUAGUCAGUCUGCAGCAGC